AUGGGCACAGACCAAUCUUCCGAUGUGGCUGGAGGCGUUUCUUUGCUGGAGGAGUGCAUGGCCCAGUACGAAAGCAUCCCGUGCCCAGAGCUGCCGCUGCACAAAAUCCAGGCCGUCGCCGGCGGAAUAGAGGAAUCAUCUGCGCCUGUGGACACUGCGGUUGUGACUGCUUUUUUGGAGAAAGCGCUGAGCUUCAUUCUGGAAGACUCGAUUGAGCUGCAAUGCUCCACGAGGGAGCACUAUGAGAUUGCCAUCGCAAGAUGCGUUUUCCGGAGGCUAAUAUUCUCCGUGCUAUUCACGUUGCUCAACCGGAUGCCCCGCGGUGACCGGAAGGAAGCCGAAAACGAACUCUUCGGUAGACACGCCCCGCUGAUGGAGGCGGCGACGCACAAGCUGUUCGCCAACAUCGACUUUGAGGAGAAGAUAUCGCUGGUGGAGUUGCUGUGGCGAGGCGUCCGCAGGGCCGGCAACGCCAAGGCCACGAAGGCGAUGAGCACGAGGCCUUGUGUGGCGUUCAGGGGGAUAAAGCUGCUGCAUGCGAACAAUUUCGAGAGGGAAGCGAUAUCUUGGUUAGAAAAGACUGGGUGCUUAAACGAGGACUUCGGCCUCUACAAGCUAAACGGUCGUCUGGAACUAAAAUUGCCGCAUAAAAUCAUUUUCGAGCACGAUUUCACGGAGGUCAUUGUGACGCCCGCCCUGCUGAGGGUCCACAUCCUGAUUCCGGAGGACCAAACCUGCUUGAAACUGGAAGUACCGUUUUGUCACAUGAUCAGUAUAAACUGCGAUGGUGGUGGUUUGGAGUUUAGCUUCAAGAUGGUCCACUCGCGCUUCAACACUGCUGGCUUGUGGAGUGUGCCACUGCAAGAAUCCGUAUCGCAGCUGGUCGAUUCUGAUGACAUUUUCGUCACGAAAUUAAAUCUUGUGGAUCCAGUAUCACCCCGCCUGUCGGCAGCUAUUAUGUCCGUCGGUAAUGUGAUUAACGUCACGGAGGAAGAAGAGGAGGAACCAUUUGCCGCGCAGCAGUUCGAACAGGAUGAUGGCCCCGUGGUGUUCCAGAUUGGGUCUGAGAGCGAGGAGGAAGACGAGCUGUGUGUCCAGGAGAAUGUGCCCAUCCUGCCGAGUUCACUCACCUACAAGGUGUCUGGUCGGCGGAAGGUGGACUCACGGCACCAUUUCCAUGAUACCGAUAGCAUCGACGACUACAAGUUCAUGGACAAACUGUCUAAGCGCAUGGACUACCCGUCAUCCCCCUCGACCCUAAGUUACAACCAGGCAUCGGUAUCGCUAUCUACAGAAGUGUCUAACAACAUGUCGUCCUGCGAGAAGCCGUUCGGCGACCCGCUGCUGGAGCCCAAUCACAGGCCGAUGCACCUGCAUGGCCACAGCACGGAUGAACCUCUCAUGCUGAGCCUCGAGCACUACCGGGAAGUCAAGGCCAAGGAGCUUCUAUCCAUAUUCAAACGGAUCUACCGGGAAGAGUCCGACCAGGCGAAAGCCGAAAUCGCCAAGCUGUGCGCGGCGCAAGAAACCCAGCGUCGCGAGGCACAGGAGUCGUACCGCAAGGAGGUGGUGUCCCUCGUGAAGGAAAUCGAACUGAACCACCACGACCUCAUGGACCAGCUGAAAAAGUUGCUGGGCGACUUCGACGCCCUGCGCAACAACAGCCUGGGCAAGGACGGUCGGAAGCCAGACAAGGCUCGGGGCCUGGACAUGGGCAACUCCCUAAUCGCAAGCUCUAACGGCCUGGUAGAGAAGACCGAGACCGCGAUAAAGGACAUCGACGACGUGAUCCAGCGAAUCCGGAUGCAUUACGUGAAGAGGAAAAUCGACUGCUCCCGAGCCCUAGAGGGCCUCUAG